CGCCUAGUUCGGACGUUUCAAGUUACUGCUGCACUGCUAUUCCGUCGGUGGCCCACUCUACUGUAUCAACCGAUCGUAUGUUGAUAACCGGUAUACAAACAAACGAUCAUCAGCUCUCCGUGCGAAGCGCGUGCUCACACAGGAUAACAAUCCCCAACCAGCGUAAUUCCCCGUUUGAGUCAUUGAUUGGUGUUACUGUUUGUCUACCGCCAGUGAUCGCGUGUAGUAUUAGUGCCUUCUUCGAAUAUUGGAACGAUAGGAAACCAGGUAGAGAUCGUCAUCAGUUCGCAUAUGAUCGUUUAGGAAGUGUGCCGUUUUUCUUUCCUCCUAGUGCCGAAAUCAUCGGUCAUUUUCUUUAUGCGCUCGAUCGCAUCGAUCCCGUGGGAUACUAGUUGCAACGCAUGAUCAAGACGGAGAUGGCGGCGGUGUCGGCGUUUACUAGCGUUAAUGGAAUGUUUGCGCGGAGUGCGGUGAUUUUUGCAUUGAUUGCUAUUGUUGCGGGUCAAGGUCCAAGUGUAGAUGGGUCGACGAUAAAUAAUGCAGAUCAACAGCAAACACCGAUCAGAAUAAAUGAAAGCUUUUACAAAGGAUCGCAAAACUUCGCUCUUAACUUUUUCAAGCAAGUUAGUCUCACUGUUGAUAGUGAUCGUAAUGUGACAACGACCAAUAUCUUCGUGUCCCCGUUAUCGGUGUGGAAUCUGUUGGCUUUACUCAGCGAAGGAGCCGAAGGUGAAACGCUCAAGGAGAUUCUUCAAGUUAUGAAUGUGGAAGAUCAAAACGUUAUCAAGCACCACUUCAAAAGUUUCCAGGAAACUAUCAAUGUAAAUGCCAAAGGUGUAGAGAUCUCUUCCGCCCAGUUCAUGUUCACCGACAAGAACCACCCGGUGAAGCACGAUUUCGAACACAUCGUUGACACCUACUACGGGGAGAAACUGUUCGAAGCCUUGGAUUUCAGCUCAUCGAACGCCUCGUUGCGUGAGAGUUAUAAUCACAUCAACAAAGUCGUAUCCGAUGCAACCAAAGGACAAAUCAAACGAGCGAUCCAUCCUACUAAUCUGGAACAAGCUCGUCUGCUGCUACUUUCAGUAUUGUUCUUCCAAGGGGAAUGGACGUUUCCUUUCAACCGAUCGUUAACCAACGAUAGCGUUCCAUUCUACGAUGAGAACGAGAGAGUCGUGACCACGGUACCGAUGAUGUUCCAGAAAGCUAUUUUGCCAUUUGCUGCCUUCCGCGAGCUGGAAGCCCAAAUCGUAGAACUUCCCUAUGGAGGUGAUCGUUUCCUGAGCAUGUUGGUGAUCUUGCCUCGGAGGGGCGUUCCUCUGCAUGAAGUUGUCCAAAGGUUAGCGAACUUCAACAUGGAAAUGAUCUUCAGGGAACUCAGACAGGCAGCAGAAGAAUACGAAGAUGACGAGGUGGAAGUGUUCCUUCCUCGGUUCCAGAUAUCCUCAGACUACGUUCUCAAAUCGGUGCUAUUCAAUAUGGGAAUGAAGAAAGCAUUCCACACCGGUCUGGCGGAAUUCAACAAGAUUGCCAGCGAUAUCGUCGUGAACGACAUUUUCCAGAAGAACAAAAUCGUGGUCAACGAAGAGGGAACGACGGCCUCGUCCGUGUCCGGAGCCGUCUUUGUGAACAAAGCCACUCCGCCGAGGUUCAUUGCAAAUCGACCCUUUGCGUUUCUGAUCGUCGAUAAGCGAAACGAUCUGAUCCUGUUCAUGGGCCAGGUGAAGGAUCCGAUGAGGCUCUAACGCUUAAAAAAAACACGGUUGAAUUCUCUUGUAAUAAAGUGGCCAUGACGUGCUCUGUGCUUUUCAUCAUGUGACAUAUGUAAAAUUUUCAUUUUU